AUGCCCAAUGGAAGUGUUGUAAAUGAAUUCCUACUUCUUGGAUUCUCGAACAGCCCAGAGUUACAGAUCUUGUAUUUUGUCAUAUUUCUAACAAUUUACCUGGCAGCUCUGAUGGCAAACUUCCUGAUCAUUACCAUCAUAUCUCUUGACCACCACCUUCACACCCCAAUGUAUUUCUUCUUGAUUAAUUUGUCCAUUGUCGAUCUUGGUGCCAUCUCUGUUACCAUCCCCAAAUCUAUGAGCCACACCAGGUCAAUCUCCUACUUGGGAUGUGCUGCUCAAGUGUUCUUCCUCGUCUUCUUUAUGGCAGCGGACCUCUCCUUCCUCACCAUUAUGGCAUAUGACCGAUAUGUAGCCAUUUGUCAUCCCUUGAAUUAUACAAGACUGAUGAGCAAGGGCUCUUGUGUCCAAAUGGCAGUCACUUCCUGGGUCAGUGGUCUCCUUUACGGAACAUUACAUGUCAGCAGCACCUUUACAAUAACAUUCUGCUCCCACAACAUCAACCAGUUCUUUUGUGAAAUUCCACAAGUACUGAAGCUCUCCUGCUCUAACUUGUACCUCAUAGAAGCUGGGGCCCUCGCUUUUGGUGCAUGUUUAGUUUUCAGUUGCUUUAUAUUCAUAACAAUUUCUUAUGUUCAGAUCUUCAGAGCAGUAAUGAAAAUUCCAUCAACGAAAGGAAGGCAGAAAGCAUUCUCUACCUGCUUGCCCCACCUGACUGUAGUCUCCUUAUUUAUCUUCACCUGCUCCUUUGCCUACCUGAGACCAAUCUCUAGAUCUUCAUCUGAUCUUGACCUUGCAGUUGCUGUGAUCUACUGUGCUGUGCCACCAAUGAUGAAUCCAGUAAUUUAUAGUAUAAGGAAUAAGGAGAUCCAAGCAGCUCUAGGGAGGUUGAUGAAGAAAGUUGUGAAUCAGAUUAUUUAA